AGUUUGUUGGAAAAUAAUAUUACGUGUUUAUAAUAUUAUUAUCAUGUUACGAACAUAGAAAUUUGUACAUCUACUGCAGGAUUUCGUUUAAUAAAUGUUAGUUUACAGAUUAAGCGCAGAUCCCUCCCCCACAAAAAUGGUCACAAAAAUAAUUUUCACGUUGGCAACACUACUCACAUACACAAAUUCGGAGUACAUCCCUCCGGGCCCAGUGUACCGCUGUCCGACUGACUCUAGCACAACACUACUGUACCCUUGUGUGUGUGAAAAGGGAUCAGAUACUGGGUUGUAUAUAAAAUGUGAGAAUACAGGAUUGGCUGUGUUGAGUGUCGGACUUGGCAACAUUGCCGGGUUGGGGUUGCCAAUUGAAAGAUUAUUAUUAAAGGAGUGCAAGAUUUCGACACUAUUCGGUCCUCUACUACACCGAUCAACGAUCAGAGUUAUAGAGACAGUUGACACUCCUAUACAAGCUAUAGACCAGUACGCCUUCGCCGGAGUGAACAGGACGCUUCAGGAGAUAUACAUGAAGAAUACUGAAAUACAGGAGUUUCCGAAGGAGGCUUUCAGGAUUCUAGGCAACCUAUCAAUAUUAUCAAUAGAUGGACACAAGAUGACCAAGCUGAAUAAAGAUAUCUUCGCUGGCAGCGAGGCGGCAGGCCGCUUGGAGAGGCUGCACCUAUCUAAUGGAUUAAUCAAUGAUCUAUCUCCAGACGCUUUCCAGGUAUUAAAAAAGCUGAAAACACUGGACCUUCACGGCAAUAAGUUGGCAACACUGAAACGUAAUCAAUUCAAAGGAUUGCGAGACGCUGAAGUUUUGGAUAUAAGUUAUAACAAUAUAGUUAAGUUGGACGGUAGCCAUAUUGGUGAUUUAACUAAACUUGGCUGGUGUAAUGCCAGUCAUAAUCAAAUUGGAGAAAUACCAAGGUACAAUAUAGUUGAGCAUUUGUUAUUUUUAUUAUAAGGCCUAUUAUUACCUCUUAAAGUAAGAUAUAAAGUCAGUUUCG